UAUAGGGUUCCAAAACCGUUUUUCUUAAAAUUGUUAGAGUAAAGAAAGACGAAAAACCUGUUUUGAUCAAGAUAGAUGCUUCUCUAGCAGUGUUAGAAGCUGCUGAAUUUUUACAUACCAAUCCUUAAUACACAUCUCCUGCAAAGUUUUCAAUAGUUCGUUUGGGCAGAAAAGGUAGCCGAAAGCAGUCCAAAUUAAUAAGAUUUAUCAGUUUUCAAAAAUAAUUGAAGAAAACGAAGAUAUAUCAAAAUAUAAUUUUUCACUGAUAACUGAAAAUGUCUCUGGCAGCACUGCUCCAGUGAAAUCCAAUCAGAGCAAUUGCAAUAACUUCAGUUAUAGGGAUCUUUCUUGUAACUAUUAGCGCUUAAAUAAACGGUGAUUGUCACAAUUAUGUUCGACGAUAUGCGUUAUUGGACAGACGAGUUCACCAGCAACUUUCAUAUGAACGCAGAGCAAUUUGACGAACUGUAUCGUCGAAUACGACAUAAACUUGAACCAAAAAGAUGGACUCGGGCUGAUUGCAUUAGCGCAAAACAUAAACUGGCGUAUACCGUUGAAUACCUUGCCGGUGGACCUUUCUUCGAGAAGUAUGGAGCAAGUAACUAUCGCAUUAGUUCCACUGAAAGUUCGAAAAUCUUGCGGGAGACUUGUCAGGCAAUUUAUGAGGAACUAGCAGGAACUGAAUUCAUGGAAUUCUCAGCAAAGAACUGGUUGGGUGUGGCAAAUAACUUCCGUAGUAAAUGGAACAUGCCGAAUUGCGUCGGAGCCAUCGACGGCAAGCACAUCCGCAUUAAAUGUCCCCCAAACGCAGGGUCAUUGUAUUACAAUUACAAACGUUACCACAGCAUCAUACUCUUGGCAGCAUGUGAUGCAGAUUAUCGUUUCACUUUUAUAGAUGUUGGAUCUCCUGGUGCGGAUGGCGAUAUGAAUGUUUUUGGAAGAACUAAAUUUGGCCAGGAUAUUCUGGAGGAUUGCGGUUUGUUGGAAUUACCACCUGAUGCCAGUGUGAAUGGGAUAGAUAUUCCAUUUUUCUUCGUUGGAGAUGAUGCAUUCCCACUUUCUUCUCGGAUAAUGAAGCCAUAUGGUACAGGAAGUGCGUUCUCCAAUGAACAAAAAAAUUUCAACUACAGACUUUCUCGAGCUCGCAGAACGAUUGAAAAUGCCUUUGGCUUACUAACAAUGAGGUGGGGCUGUCUGAGGUCCGAAUUUCUAUGCUAUCCGGACAAAGUUAAAGUUAUUGUGGGUGCUUGUUGUGCACUCCACAAUUUUCUUCUGAAAUCAUCUCAUUUUGAUCACGUUGAUCGAAUUGAGAACGGAGUUUUUAUUGAAGGAGAGUGGCGUCGUUUGAAUCAACUGGAUCAAAUUAAUUUACCAAGACGUGGACGUCCGAACGAAAUAGCAAGCAACAUACGGAAAAUGCUCACAAACUUCUUUGCUGAAAUCGAUGUACUACCAUUCCAAAGCGAUCGUGCUCAUUGCAUUUGAGGAAUUGUGCACAAUAAGGGGUGUAUUAGCUUAGUCAAUAUAAAUAAUAAAUAAAUCAUAUACUGCA